CAGCCCUGAGGACUAGGGUUUAAAGUAGGAUGUGUCAUGCUGUCGCCAAGCAGACAACGUAUCAAUCAACAUGAUUCCCAUUGUUCUGGCCUCAGUGCUCAUCGCUAGCGCCUUCGGGUGCGGCACCCCUCCUAUUGAGCCUCUGACCACCCGUGUGGUCAAUGGAGUCGACGCCAAGCCUCACAGCUGGCCCUGGCAGAUCUCUCUGCAGUAUGAGAGGGACGGUGAGUGGAGACACACCUGUGGAGGAUCUCUGAUUGCCACCAACUGGGUCAUGACCGCUGCGCACUGUAUCAACCUCAACCUGUCCUACAGAGUGUUCGUUGGCAAGCACAACCUGGUUGAGACUGAGGAAGGCUCCCAGGCCAUCAUCCCUGAGAAGCUUGUUGUCCAUGAGAAGUGGAACCCCAUCUUUGUGGCCUUCGGAAAUGACAUUGCCCUGAUCAAGUUGUCUGAGCAUGUGACCCUGACUGACCAUGUGCAGCUUGGCUGUAUCCCUGCUGCUGGCACUGUGCUGGACAACCAGUACCCCUGUUACAUCACUGGCUGGGGAAGGGUCUACACCGGAGGCCCCAUUGCUGAUAACCUGCAGCAGGCUCUGAUGCCUGUGGUGGACCAUGCCACCUGCUCCAAGCCCGACUGGUGGGGAAUUGCUCUCAGGACCACCAUGGUGUGUGCCGGAGGAGAUGGCAAUGUCGCUGGCUGUAACGGUGACUCUGGUGGGCCCCUGAACUGCAAGAACCCAGAGGGAGUAUGGGAGGUCCAUGGUAUUGCCAGCUUUGUUUCUGGUCUGGGCUGCAACUACGCGAAGAAGCCCACCGUCUUCACCCGCGUCUCCAACUUCAAUGACUGGAUCGACCAGGCUAUGAUGAGCAACUAAAGUGGAGCAGAAUGGGGAAUUGAGUCCAAUAAAAAAGGACUCAGCAAAAUGGCUUUGUGAUGUAUUUUAUGUUCAUGCCACAAGAUGUCCUCAGUCACUCAAGAUAAAGAGAAGGGAUUUCCAUAAGA